CCCUUUCACUUGGCUCCAGUUUUACCGGCCACCGGAGACGGCGAAACUCCGUCAUUUAGCUAAAAUCAUGCCUUUGAAGUUCCCUCUCCGAAUACGAUUCUUCACUAACUCUCUUCUGGGUACUCGUCUCUCUUAUAAUCCCUCUAGCUCCGUCCCUUUACUCUUUCGGAUAUUCUCUUCUAGAUUGAAUUACUAUGAAUUCGGGUCUCGCAUCAACUUCUCAACCCGUACGAACAGAGACCAGCCCGAAUUUGAGCGGAGGAGUCGAGAGGGAAGAGAAAUUCGCUCUUCAAAGAGCUUGAUCGAAGACGAGGAAGAGCUCAGUGAUUGGGUUAGCGGUUUUAGAACCGGAUCGUCGCGUGGACUUGUCACGAAUGACGAUGAAGAUUCGGGUCCAAACGUGGAUGAUCGUUUCAGAGGGAGAAACCAAGACAGGAGAGGAAUUCGCAACCAAGUUGACUCCUCUCGGGAUAAGCGGUAUGGUGGAAGUGGAUUGAAUGGUCGGAUUCAGGGGAAGAGUAGUGAAGCGUAUUUUCGUGGGAAGAAAGAGACAAGUUUUAGGAGAGAUAGAAGUAGAGAAGACUACAAGGGUUUAGGGAAGCAGGGUGAUCGUCUUCUUGAAGACGAAAGUAGUGAUGAGGAUCUGCAGAGUUUAAAAAUGGGAGGUAUCGGGGAUGUGCUUAGCGAAGAUGUUGAUGAGGAAGAGGACGAAGAUUAUGAAUUUCUUAAGAAGAAAGGGGUUUCUGCUUUUGGGUUUGAUAAGGAGAAUGCUAUAGGAGAGGAUAAAGCAAGGAAUGCAGAUAAUUCUUAUUUGACUAAGACAAGAUUCGAUCAGUAUCCAUUAUCUCCCUUAUCGCUAAAAGCAAUCAAGGAUGCUGGAUACGAGACAAUGACUGUUGUGCAGGAAGCUACUCUUCCUAUAAUUCUCAAAGGUAAAGAUGUCCUAGCUAAGGCCAAAACAGGAACUGGGAAAACUGUAGCGUUUUUGCUUCCAUCUAUUGAAGUAGUCGUCAAAUCUCCUCCUACAAGCCCUGAUAAUAAGCGACCCCCGAUUCUUGCGCUUGUUAUAUGCCCAACUAGAGAACUUGCCAAUCAAGCUGCUACAGAAGCAAACACCUUGCUAAAGUAUCAUCCAACUAUUGGUGUUCAAGUUGUGAUUGGAGGGACAAGACUUGGUUUAGAGCAAAAGCGUAUGCAAACAAAUCCCUGCCAGAUUUUAGUGGCUACACCUGGAAGGCUCAAAGACCAUAUCGAGAACACGCCAGGAUUGGCGACAAGGUUAAAGGGUGUGAAAGUCCUUGUGCUUGAUGAAGCUGACCAUCUUUUAGACAUGGGUUUCCGCAAGGACAUUGAGAGAAUAAUUUCCGCUGUUCCUAAGGAGAGACAAACUUUUCUAUUUUCCGCCACGGUACCUGAAGAGGUCCGCCAAAUAUGCCUGAUUGCUCUGAGGCGGGAUCACGAGUUUGUCAACUGUGUUCACGAAGGCACUGGUGAGACGCAUCAACAAGUUAGACAAACGCACAUGAUUGCAUCUCUGGACAGACAUUUCUCUCUUCUGUACACACUUCUUCGCGAACAUAUAAUGGAUAAUGUGGACUAUAAGGUCAUUGUCUUCUGUACGACUGCUAUGGUUACAAAAUUAGUGGCUGAUCUACUUGGUGAGCUAAACUUAAAUGUGAGAGAGAUCCAUUCUAGAAAACCACAGAGUUACAGGACAAGGGUUUCUAAUGAGUUCCGAAAAUCCAAGGGUUUGAUUCUGGUAACUUCGGAUGUAUCUGCUCGAGGAGUUGACUACCCUGAUGUGACCCUUGUUUUACAGGUGGGGUUGCCAAAAGACAGAGAACAGUAUAUACACAGACUCGGUAGAACCGGGAGAAAAGGAAAGGAAGGAGAAGGCAUAUUGUUGUUGGCACCAUGGGAGGAAUACUUUCUAUCAUCUCUGAAAGACUUACCCAUCACUAAGUCUUCUUUGCCGGCAGUAGACCCGGAAACUGUGAAAAAGGUGCAGAAGGCUCUUUGCCAUGUGGAGAUGAGGAACAAGGAGGCGGCGUAUCAGGCUUGGUUGGGUUACUAUAACUCACAAAAGAUGAUUGGAAGAGACAAAGAAAGGGUUGUGGAGUUGGCAAACGAGUUUAGUCGUAGUAUGGGACUUGACAAUCCUCCAGCUAUACCAAAACUUAUCCUUGGUAAGAUGGGUCUCAAAAAUGUUCCUGGUCUUAGAGCCAAGUAAAUAUGUCCUUGUGUUUUUUUUUUAAUUAAUUGACUUUGUAUGAAGCUCCCUUCUGUGUUAUUUCAUCAUCUUUACAGCUCUACUAAUCCCUUUGUGUUAUUUCA